CAUAUGAGACAUUUUCUCCAAACUCUAAAAGUCCAUCUAGCCAAAAACAAUAUGAUUUCCUAGGUUUUGAACUUUCCAUUCUACACAAUUUCAAGUUGCUUGACAAAUUUUAGAAAGCCUGCAUAUGAAAUUCAAGAUCUGUUACUGAGUUUAAGCGGAACUUAGCCGGCCAUUUCGUCGACAACUUUAACGGAGAAAUUCAGUGCUAAAUAUAGGUAACACUUAAAGCGCCGGAAAAUCAGAACAGAAAAGGACAGAAAACGAAGAGGGGUUUUUGCAAAUGAGGAGGAUCCAAAUCCAUUGAAACCAAUGAAGAAUCUUCAGGAUAGAUCAGACAUUCUUUGAAUGGGACUGUGAAUCCCAAUUCUCAGUUCCGAGACAUGAUUGCCGACUCCAAAAAAGCUGGUGGCCCUUUUGUUUUCUAGGGCCACAGUAUCCCUUGCUCUGCUGCAUUGAUUGAUUAGUGAAGAGAGAGUUUGGUGGGGAGCUCUAGAGAAAGGCAGAAGUUCAUGUUUUUAAUUAAGUCGUUCUGAAUUUCAUCUUUAUGUCAGUAUUUCUAGCAUUGUGUGGAGAAGGAAGGUGAAAGAUGGGGGUGGAUGGUGGAGAGGAGCAAAUACAGGAGAGGGCUGGCUGUGAGGAGAGAAUUUAUGUUUCGAUUCGACUGCGGCCUUUGAAUGAGAAUGAAAUUGCAAGGAAUGAUGUUUCUGACUGGGAAUGCAUCAAUGAGAACACUAUCAUUUACAGGGACAACCUUUCAGUUUCGGAAAGGUCUAUGUACCCAACUGCCUACACAUUCGACAGAGUUUUUAGCCCUGAUUGCUCCACUAGGCAAGUUUAUGAGCAAGGAGCUAAGGAAGUUGCUCUUUCGGUUGUAAGCGGUAUAAACUCUAGUGUAUUUGCUUAUGGACAAACAAGCAGCGGAAAGACAUUCACUAUGAGUGGAAUUACUGAGUACACCAUGGCUGAUAUAUAUGACUACAUAGAGAGGCACAAGGAAAGAAAAUUUAUAAUGAAGUUCUCUGCUCUGGAGAUUUACAAUGAAUCUGUCAGGGAUCUCAUCAGUGCAGACAGCACUCCACUUAGACUUCUUGAUGAUCCAGAGAGAGGGACAGUUGUUGAGAGACUCACAGAGGAAACUGUCAAGGAUCGGAAUCAUUUUGGAGAGCUCUUAUCUGUUUGUGAAGCUCAAAGACAGAUAGGAGAGACUUCUCUAAACGAGACAAGCUCUAGAUCUCAUCAAAUCUUGAGAGUGACAAUUGAGAGUUCUGCACGGGAUUUUUUAGGCAACGACAAACCAAGCACCCUUACCGCCACUGUGAAUUUCGUUGAUCUUGCAGGAAGUGAGCGUGCAUCCCAGACUCAAUCUGCUGGGACAAGAUUGAAAGAAGGUUGCCAUAUAAAUCGUAGCCUAUUAACGCUUGGAACUGUUAUCCGUAAGCUAAGAAAAGGAAAAAAUGGGCAUGUUCCAUACAGAGAUUCAAAGCUGACGCGCAUUCUUCAGUCUUCGUUAGGAGGCAAUGCUAGAACUGCAAUCAUCUGUACCCUGAGUCCAGCACGAACACAUGUUGAACAAUCAAGGAACACCCUCUUAUUUGCAAGUUGCGCUAAAGAAGUGACAACCAAUGCACAGGUCAAUGUCGUCAUGUCUGAUAGAGCAUUGGUGAAGCAACUGCAAAUGGAAUUGGCUAGACUGCAGGAUGAAUUGAGAAGUGCAGGAACUGCUUUCAUUCCACCUCAUUUUGCUGCAUUACUGAGAGAAAAAGACCUGGAGAUUGAAAAGCUAAAACAAGUAAUAAUUGAGUUGAGUCAGCAACUUAACCGUGCAUGGUCUGAGGUUGAGGGCCUGCGAAGACGCCAACAAGCAGUUGGAGAUGAAAGACUUGUCAAACAAGAAAGAUCUUCAACUGCUGGUGUGGACAAUCAAUAUCCUAAAUUGCGAGUUCAAAACACAUGUGACUACGAAAAUUCAUUGACUGAGAUUCCUGUUUUAGCUGUCCCUCAAUGCCGAGCUGUCAGUGUUAGAUCAUUCACCCCAUCUCAAGCUUCAGAUAGACAGAGCUUUAGUUCUGAAGAGAGUUUCACGCAGCUUCCUGUCCUAAGAGUGAAUAUCUCUCAUGGAACCUCCUCCCCGCCAAUUAAUUUUGGUGGAAGUGAUCUGCCUUACAAGGAGAAUGAAGAGCGGGUUGAUGAAAGUUUUGAUGAUCCUUGCAAGGAAGUGAAAUGCAUUGAGUCAGAAUUGAGAAUCAGAUAUGCUGACUUGAACAUGCCUGUGGCCAACCCAAACAGAUACGACAAUGCAAAUAGGUCAUCUCCUGGAUUAAACACAAACAGUUAUGACAAUUCAAAUGCAUCAUCUCCUGCAAUAAACGCAGCUACUUCAGUAUUGACAGAUGUUGACAAUGAAGAUAAAGCUAAUCUAGCAUUCAGAUCUACCCUCUCAAAGGAACAAAAGGAGCUAGAUAGUGUCCAUUUGGAUUAUAUUAUAUCAUCUUCUGAAAAGCUAUCUUACCCAUGGCUUGUGGAAAAAGACAUAUCUGGGUGCAGUAGCUUGAAAUUGACAAGGAGUAGAAGUUGUGAAGAAGGUGUUACUGGUUUGAUCUCUCCCUGGUGUGAGAGUGAAGAAAAGAAUAGUCACAUACCUAUUUGGCACAAGAGAGAUGUUACUGAAAGUCCAGGGAGCAUACAAAGAAAAUUCUGUGCAUUCAAGUAUAGUUUUCGGAGUGAGAUGUCCAGGAAUUCAUCUCAGAAUUCUUCAAAGAGUGAUGCUGAUAAUGAGCUUCAAGCCCAGAAUGUGACAACUCCAAAUGAGAAAAAAUUUGCUGAUCGUGCAGUACAAGUGACUGAAACAGAACAAGAUCACACUCUGGCUGAAAAGACUGUAAAAGAUGUAGGCUUGGACCCAAUACAAGAUGAUAUGGGAAGCCCCUCAGGAUGGCCUUUAGAAUUUGAUAAGAUUCGAGGAGAGAUUAUUGAACUCUGGCAUGUUUGCCAUAUUUCAUUGGUCUACAGGACCUACUUCUUCUUGCUGUUUAAGGGGGAUCCAAAAGAUUACAUAUACAUGGAGGUUGAGCUGAGGAGGUUGUCUUUCCUCAAGGACACAUUUUCCCAAGGUAAUCAUAUUGUGGAAGAUGGACAAAUACUGACCCCUGAUUCAAGUAUGAAGGCUUUAAACCGCGAGAGGCAUAUGCUGAGCCAGCAAAUGCAGAAGAGGUUCUCAGAAGGAGAAAGAGAGAACCUUUUCCGAAAAUGGGGUAUUGGGUUGGACACAAAGAAUAGGAGAUUGCAGUUGGCUCACCUGCUGUGGACAGACACCAAUAUGCAGCACAAUGCAGAGAGUGCAGCACUAGUUGCAAAGCUGGUUGGUUUGGCAGAACAAGAGAUGACUUCCAAUGAGUUGUUCAAGCUCAAAUUUCCAACCAAACCACGAACAAGCAAGAAGUUUGAUAAUUUCAAACGCAUACGCAACUUGAUAUCCAUCUUACAACACUAAAACUUCAUCCUGGUUAACUAAUAUAAUCCCCACCAUCCCAAUUCUCACAUCAAAUUUCUUUUGAUAUUUACAUGCUUUCCUUGCUGCCCUUAUUGCGGCUGAUUGUUAGAGCUUGUAAAUCAGCUCAUGCUAGAAAUCACAUGUAGCACUGAAAUAUUGAGGGCAACAAAGAAUGUUCUUCUACAUGACAUUUUUCUUUCUUUCUUCCCCCAUUUUUUUUACUAGUGGGAAAAUUGUUUCACAAUUUGAACUGGUCAACAGAAGAAAAGGAGAAAAAGGAA